UCUUGGGAUCAAUGGCGCGUGGCUUUGAGAUCGUUUAAAAUUUAUUGGAAGGGAGAGUGUGAGAGAGAAAGGGAGAGUGUGACGGGGUGAGUGAGAGAGAGGGGGAAACAGUGUCUUUCAACAAUGGAACUUACAAUGGAAAACAUUGGAAAUCUUCACGGCGUGUCACACUCCCACCAUCACACGGGCGACUUGAUGAACUCUCCACACGCGCGACAGUCGGCGACUCAUCGGAACUUGGUGUCGUCGCACGGGAGAUCGGCUAUGGUCUCCAGCAUGGCCUCGAUACUGGACGGAGCCGGGGAAUACCGCACGGACCAUUCGCUGUCCGGUCCUCUUCAUCCUGCCAUGUCCAUGUCGUGCGAUUCGAGCAUGAGUCUGAGCAGCACUUACACCACGCUGACGCCGCUGCAGCACCACCUGCCUCCCAUAUCCAACGUCUCCGAUAAAUUUCACCAUCACCCGCACGCCCAUCAUCACCCCGCGCAUCAGCGUCUCGCCGCCGGGAACGUCAGCGGCAGCUUCACGCUGAUGCGGGAUGACCGGGGCCUCGCGUCCAUGAGCAAUCUAUACGGCCAUUACUCUAAAGACCUGUCCGGGAUGGGACAGCCUUUAUCACCUCUCUCCAACGGCCUGGGGUCUUUGCACAACUCUCAACAGACUCUGGGCGCCUACGGUCCCGGUGCACACCUCGGGAACGAUAAAAUGAUUUCCACUGGAGGGUUUGAGUCUCACGCUGCGAUGCUCGGCAGGGGUGAGGAGCAUCUGACGCGGGGAUUAGGAGGACACGGGCCGGGCAUCAUGUCCUCCCUCAACGGCAUCCACCACCACGGCCACACGCACUCUCAGGGGAACGGGUCGGUACUGUCAGAGCGUGACAGACAGACAGCAGGAGGCGGAGGACAGGGAGGUGGGUCAGGCCAGGUGGAGGAGAUCAACACCAAAGAGGUUGCUCAGCGAAUAACCGCGGAGUUAAAAAGAUACAGCAUUCCGCAAGCGAUCUUUGCCCAGAGGAUCUUGUGUCGCUCUCAAGGAACUCUGUCUGAUCUCCUGAGGAAUCCGAAACCCUGGAGUAAACUAAAGUCAGGUCGGGAGACGUUCAGGAGGAUGUGGAAAUGGCUACAGGAACCAGAGUUCCAGCGCAUGUCGGCCCUUAGGCUAGCAGCCUGCAAGCGUAAGGAACAGGAGCAGCACAAAGAACGGAAUCUGGUACCCAAGAAGCAGCGCCUGGUUUUCACAGACCUGCAGCGGCGCACGCUCAUUGCCAUCUUCAAGGAGAACAAGCGGCCCUCGAAAGAAAUGCAGAUGACCAUCUCACAGCAGCUGGGCCUGGAACUUAGCACCGUCAGCAAUUUCUUCAUGAACGCCCGGCGCCGCUGCGUCGACCGUUGGCACGAGGAACAUCAUCACGGACACGGAGCCAGUCCGGGUCAGCCUGGCACCUCCGCCACCACUUUCUCCAAGGCUUAAGUCGAAAACCCCUUUCCCCCUGGGUGCCGGACGAUUUUAGGUCUGCGGUUACCCGUCGCGUGCCAAUCAAUCCCACCGCUGCCGCUAAUGGCAACGUUUUACAUAAAUGCAACUUUUUUUGGGACUGUUAUAAACCAAACCAAAACUCCACAUGGAAAGCACCUAUUAGUCCACACUACGCAAAGGCAACUAUUCACAUAAACCAAAAAACCCUGUGGUGGUCCGGCUUUAGUCUUUUUGUUCUCUUUACUGUGUAAUCACGUGGUCGACAACAAAUGAGCUCUUUCGUAGCUCGCAGCACACAAGGCUUGUUACUCAAACAAUGUUGUCAAAGAAAGCCACCACCUGUAUCAUCACUCUCUGCCCACAGUGGCACAAUUCCCUAAUGGCCAGCUGUUUCACGGAGACUCUCAGAUCAUAUGCUAAGCUAAUGAAUUGAGAGACUAAUCGAUACAGAGAGAAAAGCGAAGGAUGUUGACCUCUACUGAAGGUGAAAUGGAACGAGCUCCUUCAACAAGGACUCUCACGUUCGCCCGGCACGGCUCUCCAUUUGGUUUAUUUUGCACAGAUGUAAAUGGAGGCCUGUCCGGCAGACGGCGUUUUACUGCACUUCGGUUAACGCAUGUUAUCUGAGCAACGAACGGAACACGUGAGCCAGAUUGUCUCAAUCUACAAUCAGCACAUCGCAACCAAAGCAUCCAUAAUGCAACUAGCGUAUCGGUCAACUGCCAUCCAGGUUAUUUUGAACUGGGGGCAAAAUACUGGACCACUUCCAGCAAUGGUGCACUGACAUUCUGAUUUUGGAAGAUUGCGACCUGUGACAUUUCAACUACAGAGUAUUUUUCAUUCCGUAUAAUCACAAUAGGCCAAAGGUCAAGAAAGCUUAGGGUACAGCCAAACACAACGAAAGGCACAUUUUAAACACGUACGGAAAUAUUUGUUACUUCCUAAAUCCUACUGACAAAUCAAACGUUUGGUUUAUCCUGCAACGUGAAAACUCAGUCCAAAAUGUUACAUAAAAUCUAGUGCCAAUAAUGUUUGCCUUAAUAUAAAAUAAGAGUUCACACACCUUCAGCCAGAAUCCAACCCCCCCACCCAAACUGGCAUUAUGUGCCAUAGCAACCAACAAUCAUCUUUUAAAUAAAUCUGAAUCUUUUUUUGAUACAAAAAAAGAAUAAUCAAUGCUUUAAAAUAUUUAGCAAAUCAAUGGCAAAAAAAUAGAAACAUACGCAACAGGAACAGCUAAACAAGCUCACUAUAAUUUAUAUUGAUCUACUGCAUCUUAAUUUCCCAUUCUUCCCUUUAUCUAUCUUCCACUUGCUAUUUCUUCAUAAUAUUAAAGCGGGUAAUUGGUACAAAAUAUUUCUAUUUCUUAUUAAACUUGUGAUCUGUUGUGCAUAUGUAAGGCACCUUGUCGAUCAUUUGGAAAAUUCAUAAAAAAAAGAGAGAGACUUUCUUAAAGAACAGGAAAACUAGGAAAGACUGCAGAUGGACGUGGAACAUCUCUGCAUUGCAUGUGAACUAACACAGGUCAUCACAAAAGGAACUUUCAUGAAAGAUGGAAAGGCUGUGAGGAGAUACUGCUCACUCUCUGUUGGAGAGACAACAAAACCAGAAUUCCACCCAAGAAUCCUCGAAGAAACCCUGCCAAAAUGGGUGUGAAUCAAGGGCACAACCUUACCUCCGUAGGGAGAUGUUCAAAAUCAAAGAGGAGUUUUAUUUAGCAAUGCAACAGUAGCAAUUCUGGAAAUGUUGCAGGACUUGCUAAACCGAUACGAGUGGGCAUUGUUAGUACAGCCAGAUUGUGAGCUCUAUGCUUUGAGCAUUGAGAGAAGACAUCAGAUUUGUGCUACACAAAUCUAAAUGUACAUUAGCUGAUAAAAAAACGACCUUUUGUUUGUAGUGAGAACCAGUGUGGCUACCUCACUGAGCUGGGUGGUUUGUGUAACGGCCACUGAUACCAAAGAUUCUUUGUCCUGCCAGUCCUGUGCUGCUAAAGGGAGAGACGUACACCAAAUACCAUAAACCUGAAAAACCAAAGCUGUUACGGAUGCAAACAUAGAAACUAAUGGAUGUUAAGCGUAGGUUAACACACACACUCACAGUGCAGUCAGACUGCAAAGCGCUGCACGGAGGGAUGCGGCUGCAAUGCAGAUUGAGUUGAGUGCCUUUAUUCUUCAACAACGGGUGGGACUGCUCUGGAGUUAAAACACACACGCAGAAGCACAUGCAUACAGUUAUACACACACAUUACACACACAUAUACAGCAUGUAGGCGUAAUUACUUGGAAACGGGGUGAGUACUGUUGGAGUUUACUUUGUUUUGAUAUGAACUGAUUUUAAGCACUUUACAAUGGCCAAAUUUAUUUAUAGUUUUUCAUUAGCAUUUACUGAUAUUGCCACUUAAAUUAUUUGUGUGCAGAGUACUUAAACUAUUUAUCUGUGAAAAAAAUUUGCAUUCAGCUCAUCUUCUUAUUUGUAAAAGAGGUAAAAAUGCCAAAUGUUUUAAUGGUAGUGUAGAGUUACUGACGUUAUAGACAAUUUCAUUGGACGCACGCAGCCACGAUUACAUGCCUGGCCAAAGUUAACUUCCGGUCUCCAUUUAUUGUUUAUCUGUCUGGCUAGUUGCUAAACUGACCUCUGGAACAGAACCAUGUUGAAAAUAAAAACGUUUUGGUUUCCAAAAGACCGAGCGUGAAUCAAUACUGUGCGAAGAGAGGUUUGGCCAGACUAGAAUUCAAGGAUCUGUAGCUAACAUUGUAUACAAUAAUUUUACACAGUAACGUUAGCUAAGUGUAGUAGUUGCUACGCUUGAGCUAUGAUUUGAACUAAGUUAAUCUACUUAGGUUAUUUAUUUGGCUUGUUAUCAGAAAUGAUCUACUCUAGAAGGACUCGAUUCUUUGCGGAUGUCUACAGGAAGUUAAGUUUGGGCCACAAAAGCCAUUUGUUUAUGUUGUUGCUGCUCUAUACUUACACCCUGAUUCCAACUCUAUACGUCUCAAUGCUGUACCCACAAAUACGGUCUACCUUCCUGGGCAAGGUCUAAUUUAAUCAAAGUUAUAUCCUAAAUCAACCUCCUGCCUGUUUGAUUGGUCACAUGGGGUUUUAAUUUGGCCAAUGUGGUCACAUUAGGUUGGCCCUAAUUAGCAGGACAUUUUGCUUUAUCUAUAAUUAACAUUCUACAUUGAUUUAGGUAUGGAUCAAUGGUAUAGGAUAUAAGGACCAGGUUUAAGGAUGGUCCAUUUUUUCGACAGUUCGGUCAAAGAUAUAAGCAGCUGAAAGUGAUUUAAGGGAAGAGGCCAAUUUGGAUGACUCGUUGGACCAUUUCCCUCUAAGUUUCUCCCAAUGGAAGCUACAAGGACUUGGCAGGCAGAUGUUGACAAUUGAUUCUGAAAUACCUCAAAUGUUUUGUGUAAAGUUUAUGUAAUUUAGAUUAAACUAAUGCUAAUUACAAUGAGUACACUAACACUACUAAGACUAAUAAUAGUUAGUUUUUGAACUUGUGACUUGAAGCUUUAUACUGUUAACUUGUGUUUUUGUUGUUGUGGUUUGGUUCACUCAUUUGCCAGUUUGUUUUAUUAUUAUUAUUAUUACAUAUUAUUUUGAUCUAUGGUGGUACACAAUUCUUUGUAAAAGAAAGACGUUUGAAUGUUUUUAAUUGAACAGACGUGGUGUGAAGAUAAAGUCUAAAUAGGAAAAAAAACAACAAUAGAAAAUUGAAAAGUGGAUAAAAAGAGAGAAAAUCAAAGCUAUCGAUUAUUUCUGAUAUGUGCGUUUGGAUUUGAAUGAUUAGAAACCAAAUCAAGCUUUUUCUAAUCAUUUGGCAUUCAGCAUUAUUUAAAUUUGGUCUUUUUUCCUCCUUUUAAUUUUUUUGUUUUCGUUUAUCAUCUUUUAAAACUGACUCUUGAUUGUGUUAAGUGCUCCUAGCAUUAAUUUAAAAAGAUAAAAACAAACUCCGCCCAUUUAAAGUGGCGGAAACACUUUUUCUGCAUGAUUAUUGUAUACUGUAUAGAGUAAACCUGGAUCGACCUGGACAUUGGUGGGAGCAAAUAGGAUGAACAGACCCUGGGGAGGAUGGAAAAGGGUGGGAAGGGUUAGGGUGAUUAAGAUUCGGACGUUGGAGGGGUCUCUGUUUUGUAGUUUUCAGUCACUGUUGUUUUUCACUGGUUGUGUGCAUGUAUCGUUGGAACCCUCCUUGUAUUUCUUUUAUGUAUAUAACUUCUUUAUAGUGGAGCAUGACCGUGUAUCCUGGGCGAGCUAAACUUGGUCAUGGACCCGACGUACACGUAUGCUCUUCUGAAAUGUAAUCUUGUGUGCAUUUGUUUACAUGUGGCGUGUCUCUCGAUUUGGGUUGCACACCGAUUCAUGCAAAACUGGAAAUCUUUCGCAACGGACCCCUCCAACCAGAAAUUAUCUCACAUCGACUGUAAAACAGCAUCAUGCACAUCAUGUUUCUCUUGGGGUCUGUCUGCAGAUCCAAUCCCCCCAGUCACACUGUGCUCUUCCUCUUCUGUUACCUGUCAAUCAAUCAGAACCAAGUGUCUUUGUGAUGGUAGAAGACAAUCAGUUUUAAAACAUGGAGAAAAAUGGUAGAGAUAAGACAGGCUUGGAGGAGAAGAUGAGGAAGGAUGAAGGAAAGAGGCUCUUGGUGGUUUUGAUAGGUGACCACUGCCCUAUUAAGCAUGCUGUGGUGCUCGAGGUGUACAACAUUAGCAAACUAGCAUACUAGGAUAGUAAUUUAAAACUCGAAGAAGCAAGAAUUCCAGCGUCUAUUUCUGACGGGGCAAUUUAGCAUCAUGAUGCUAACACUAAAGAUUGCUUCUGUAUUUAGCUACAUCGUUCUCUCACCUGCUCCCACACUGCCAAUUGAAAUGAAUGAGCUAGCACACAGGUGCACUAGCAUCGCUCUCAAAUAACCACAAACCAGUCAAUACAGGGCUGCUGAGGCGGGUGGUGUUCGCACAGAGAUCUAUGCAAAAAAGAAAAGGUCUUUACCUCAAAUCUUAAUCGAUGCUGCUGGUUCAGGCUUCGUUCAAGUUCCUUGGUCAGCCAGCAUUUGUAGUAUAGGUUGCCUGCACCUAUUACAGACUAGGAAAACAUCUCUUGUUGUGUACCUGCAAAUGUAUUGAAGAAGAUUAAAAGAGAAAGUUUAUACCGAAAGACAGAAGGCAGGGAAUGAGUGUGCAAAACAAGUUUUUUCACACAAACUCUACUAAAGAGCACAUCUACCCGAGCAAAAGAUUGAUCAGAGGAUAAAGACAAUCCAACCAAUCAGUACAUUUCCAAAGCUGUUGAUUUUCCUAGUAUUGGCUGGCUGUAUUUGAUGCUUAAGGCAAGGAUUUCUGACACACUAGAGGAUAAUAAUUUUUAAGAGCAUCCACACAGUGUCAAGACUGCCCUGAAAUGGUAAUACAAAUAAUGUGAAAUGAGAAACUACACGCUUAUGCUCGGAAUCACACAAAAAUUAACCAAACACGCGCACACAAACUUGUUCUCAGGCAGCUGUUUUGGUUUAAGGGCGCGUCAUAGAGAGCCUCUUUCCUCCUCCUGUCCAACAGGGGGCGCCAGAGAGCCUGUGAAGCACUUUUCAUUUAGUGCUAGUGGAGACUAAUCGGAGUACUAACUGUUACAGAAAAAAGUUUAAAAAAGGCA